AUGUCGUCUCAGCCGCCGGAAGCCAAGGCUCCGUUGCCCGCAACCAUUUUGACCGCGCUCCAGCAGUUCACGUCUCAGGACUCUAUUUCAUCGAGCUCGCUCCAUCCAUUUGCAUCUAAUCCGGAAGAAAACAUCGCUGCCUUGCGAAAACUUUUGGACACCGCCAAUCAAGCGGCACUCUCACUCAACGCCCAUCUUGCCCUCCCGUUAUCCAACCCGAAGCUUUUGUCGCUGUAUCGACAAGGGACGAACAUAUCUCAUGCAGUUCAGCAGGCGGACCAGAACGUGCGCUAUGUCGUCAGCUCAUUGAGAAAACGAGUGGGCAUCACAUUUGGAGAAGACAUUCCUCUCGAACGGACACAACUUCCCGAAUGGUUCUUGAAAAGGCUUCUGGAAUGGGGCACGUCGGCCGGCAUGGAAGCUUUCAACGACCCAGAACGCGACGGGCACUCUACCGUCGUCCUCGGGGGAAAGGUUCUCGUUGUCGACAUCGUUUUCUCUGUGGACCGCACAGACCCUAUUCGACCGAUUGUGUGCGUCACCACCUGUAAGACGUCGUAUGCUAUCCCAAAUAGCACGGCCACCUCGUCCACCGGAAACUCGACCUCCUUGGACGGCUUUUUGGCAGAAGCGAUCCGCGCGUUCCUAAACGAGGUUCAGAAAGAGGAUGCCCAGCGCGAUAGUGUCGAGGCCGCGCGGCUGGGAAACCUGCUUUCCGAUCACCUCACAUACCUGAUGAAGCUGGAUCAUCUGGCCAUCAGCGAGGGCGACGGCGGCCUGCGAUGGUUUAGUUUCAUCGACCGCAUGUCGGUCGACGUCGAGAAAUUGGCCAGCAGCGAAGCAGACGCCCUAAGCAGACAAGAGGCUGGAUCCAAGUUCCCUCUUGACAUCUUCCUCAUGCGGUCGCACGCUCUGCCAUUACCCUACCUCACAACACCGUCGAUAUCAUUCCUCACAUAUCUCUCCCCCCUCGCCUACCUGAAACUCCUGCGAACGACACCCACCUCUCCUGCAGAGGCCGCUCACCUCCCCAAGCUCGAUGUCCCAUUCCAACACUUCCGCAAGUUCCUCACCUCCCAUCCGCGGCCACAUGGGGUAACCACGGCCACCCUUUACCUUUCCCCCACCGCCCCGCCGGCGUACCACGCGGACUCGAUGUCGAUGUCUGCCCUUGACACACGGUCCUCCUCCACACUCGUCCCAAGCGCUGCGGACAUGGAGCACGUCUUUCCCGCGGCCCGCGAGGCGCAGGGCCCUCAGGGCCAGCAGUUCACGUGGUUGCUCGACUUCACGGAGGGCGGGAAAUACCCCGGGGUCGUAAUGAGCCAGUCGCGGAUGCACGAGAUUGAGCUCGCGGUGAACCCGUUCGGCGCGAUGGACCAUCUGCAGAGCGUGCAGAUGUUGCCGUUCGGUUCCGGGAGUUGGGUCGAUCUCUUGCUCAACUCGCAGACAACCAUCUCUCCGGAAAGAUACACGACUGUAUUCACAUCUCCAACAGCGGUACAUCCGCCACUGCAAUUGCGCCUGACCACGCCCGAUGAGCCAGGCUUCAUGCUGGAAGCCGUUCCGGUGCGGAGUCUGAAGGAAGUCUGGAGCAUCUUGGAGAUCGUGCGCGAGCAGUGCUGGCUGAACGAGACGCUCACCAGCUGCACAUGGAUUCCCGAGGGCCUCACCCUCCCCGAAACCGACACAUCCGACGAUAUGGAAGUCACAGAGAGCGACCUCCAGUCCGUGCUCAAAGGAACGGUGCAGCCGCGCAGCAUCCCGGUGAACGUGUACCUCCCCGCGCACGCGCCCACCGACGCGCUCUUCGGCGGGACGGACAUGGACGCGUUCGCGCUGGGCGGUGCGGGCCCGACGCGGCGCGCGCGCAUCGUGAUGACUGCGCCCGAGCGGCCGCCGAUCUCGGGGCUCGUCGAGAUUGGGGUCACGUUCGACCCUGGGCGGCCGCGCGGGGUUGCCGUGGACAUCAGCGGCGCGAUGGGCGUGGACCUGCGCGUGGACGUGUUGGAGGAGGUGUGCAGGCGCGGCGGCGUGUUCGGGCUGCCCGGGAGGGUGUGGAAGAAGGCGCAUGAGAUGCUAUGAAGCUUAAAACACGUCGACAUCUGCACCUCACACUUGCCGGCCAUCCAGAAGCAGGCCAAGUUGUACUGUCACUGCCGAUCACGAUGCUGCUCGCAUAUAUAACAGACGUGUGUUGAUCCCGAAU